UCUGGGGGAUUUGGGGGGAGAUGUGGAUGACCCCAAUCUCCUCAGCCAGUGAGCUACAGAGACAGUUGGGUACCCCGGUGGUCCUUUAUGGGAAAGGAGCAGGGGGCACUGGUCUGGAGUCAAGAGACAGGCCAGAAGCUCCUUGCUGCUUUGCAACCUUGACUGAAUCUCACUGCCAAAGUGCCUUCUUAGAGCAGCAUGAUUGUGGGGAUCAAACUAGAUAAUGGGUAUAAAAGUCCUUGUCAACCAAACACUGUGCAGUUGGGAAGGCAGCUGGGGGUGUCACGUGGCAACUCGGCCAGUGGGUUCGUCCCCCUAAAAGCCGUGUUUGCCCACUCUCUUCUGGGCCAAGCCUCCCUUGGCAGAAUUCCUGUUCUGGAUCCCCUGACUCAUGUCUCUCUUUACACGUGGAUCUCCCCUCUCUGAGGCCUGGGACCAGACGUCUGUGACAGUCAACACACGACACAGCCACAGGCACAAUAAAUGAAGGAAAGAAGAAGUGGUCAGUUCCUCCCAUCCUGCCCUGCCCACCCUCAUCUAUCACCCAUGACGAGUCCCUGAGACAGUCAUCUCAUUAGCCCCAUUUCACAGAUGGGAAGCUGGCGCUCAGAAUGACACAAUCACUUGCCCAAGUUCCCCAGGUCUGACUGCAGGACCAUACUUGGUUUCACUCCACUGCACUAACCACUGAAUCACUAGACCAGACUGUUUCAACAAAUAAAGUAUGGUUGGCACCAGCUUUGGGAAUGGAGAGGUUCUGACUGAGGCAGGGCAAGGGGGAAGGGAGUCUAGAUUUAAAUCACAGCUCUGCCACUGACUUAGCUUUGAGAUAAUCUUUCUAAACCCCACUCUCCCCAUCUGACAUGGGAGUAAUAAGGUGUAUAUCAUAGGAUGGUGGGGAGAAAAAUCCAAGAGAGUGCAAAUGAAAGCAUGCUAUAAAUAGUUAAAGGGUGGUAUACAUUAGAAGGUAUUGAUCCAGUGAUAACAAUUGCUAGAAUGACAGCACCAUUGGCAUUGUGGGAAAAGCUGCUUUAUGACAGUGACUGCUGGCCUGACUGAAACCCCAUCCCAGUGCUGAGGUGAUGCGACCCUUCCCUGGGGCACAAUGAAUGCCCUGUGGAUGCCCACAUUGAGCAGUGACACAAACUCUAAGUAAAUUUCUACUUGGGCUCAGUUCACUGGGGCCUGAAAGUCUGGACCGAGGCCUGGGUCUUUUGAAGCAAACUGAGAAUCUUGAAUCUUUUAUUUAUUAAAAAAAUUUUUUUAAGUAAUCUCUACACCCAAUAUGGAGUUUAAACUCAGGACCCCAAGAUCAAGAGUUGUAUGCUCCACUGACUGAGCCAGCCAGGCACCCCUAGAUCCUUGAAUCUUAAGAGGAGGGAAGACAAGACUCUUCUUCACCUUCCAGGUUCAAGGACACCCGAGUGCAAGGGGUAGGGAGGGUGAACUUUGCAUCCAGUGUCUGCCUGCUACCCAGAGAAUCCACGGAUACCCACAGGCUCUUCUCUGGACCCUUCCCUUCCUUCUGCCCACUCACCCACUCCUGCAGAGGGCAUGGAGGUGCCCAGGAGCACAGGCUGCAGUGGAUUUGGCAGGCCGCGGGCCACAGGUGCCCACUAACCUGUCUCCCGUGCAACCCAUACAGGCUCCUGUUUCCACCUCAUCUCUCUCUUACCCACACGCCAGGGAGGCAGUGGGCUGUGUAGAAGGAGCUCAGCAUCGAGAGUGAGAAGGCCUGGAUAAAAGUCCUGGUGUUGCUGGUUAUGGAGAAAUCACUGAACCUGCUUGGAGAAAUCACUGAACCUCUCUAGUCUGAUUUCCUCAUUUUAGAAUGGAAACUGAGCCACCGGGUUAAUGCAUUCCUCUCAAGGAGCUCAAAGUGGGAGGCCCUGGCACAAGGAAUAGAGCCAUAGGGUCCUGUCACUUCUCCCAGGACACAGCCAGAAUGCCCAGGAAAGGAGCUGUGAGCAACUUUAGCUGUACAAACAAUGUUUCUCUGGCCCUAUCCGGGCCCCCAGGGCUGGCUCUGCAGCCCAACACUCAGGGGCAGAGGAAGAAGCCAUCGCAUACCACAUAGCCAGGGCCUCCUGUGAUAAGUUAAAGGUCCUCCAAAGAGGAGGUGGGAACCUACUCUUGAUGAAUCAGUGAACAGUUAAGAGAUUCUUCUGGAAGGUAUUGCCAAAACUGUGUAGCUCUCUAUUUCUACUUGUUUUUGCAUUGUUAAAUUUUCCUGAUUAUAUGAAUAAAGAGUAUCAUUCUUAAAUGAAAGUUAUAACUAGAGACUGGAAGGUAAGAUUGUUGCAGAGGGGCCAUUUGGCUCUGAACUCACUCCCACAAACAACCUCAGAGAUGAACUUUGAAUUGUUAUUUCCACAUGAGGUUAGUGGAUGACCACAGAGCUACUUCAGCAGGACUAGAGAGAAGAUGUUACCCAUAAAACUAUGAGCUUGUAUCUUAUUCCCUUAGUAUGUAGACUGGGGAUAUUAUGGUACAUAUUGAAGCCGUUACUUUGUUAAAUAAAAUAUUUUGCUUAAAAAAAAACAAACCCCACAGGGUAGGGGAACCUGGCUGGCUCAGUCAGAGGAGCACGUGACUCUUGAUCUCAGGUCAUCAGUACACUCAUGUGUACACUCCACAUUGAGUGUAGAGAUAACUAUAUAAACAAACUUUUUUUAAAAAAAUCACAAUUUCUACAACCCUGUUUUGGUAUUUCUUCACUUUAAAAAAGUGAAAUAUACUGAGGCACCCGGAUGGCUCAGUUGGCAGAGCGUCUGACUUUGGCUCAGGUCAUGAUCUCACGGUUCGCAGGUUCGAGCCCCACGUCGGGCUCUGUGCUGACAGCUCAGAGCCUGGAGCCUGCUUCAGAUUCUCUCUCUCUCUGCCCCUCUCCCUCUCAUGCUCUGCCCCUCUUUCUCAAAAAAAAUGAACAUUCAACAAAAUUUUUAAGUGAAAAUUAUUUUUAAGGAAAAAAAUUUGUUUUGAGUAAAAAAUAUAUUUUUUUAAAUGUGUUAUGUGCCUCUGGAAGAAAAAUAGAGUGGCCCAGGCCUGUUUCUCCCCCCGAGAUGCUCUGAUAUAAUUUUGGAUUGUGGGCCAGGCUUUCCAUUCUCUGUACCCACAGAGAGCCUGGCCAGGUAGUCCACCUGCUCACAAUCUAAACUGUGCCCUUUAACCAGGGCACAUGGAGGAGGGGGGCACAUUCUGGGUUUGCAGGUGCCUCACUAAGACAAGAGGUAGCAGCCCCCAUCCUGGAAUGGCCCCUGAGAUCUGGGAUCUGGUGAAUCCCUCUAUCCUGUCUGCUCUGCCUUCUCAACCCACUGCUUGUCUCCCCCCAGUUAUGACCUCAUGUUAUUCUAGAAUGAGCUCUUUCCUGGGCCCCUUUCCUUCUGGACUCUGCUUAGUUAAGGCGGUUGGGGCUGCAAAUGGGGAUGGGAUGUGCUAAGCUGCCAGCAGGGGUGGACCUUGAAUGGAAGGAGACACCUGUGUCAGGCAGCCAGGGAUGGAUGCCAGCCUGGCCAAGGGGGUCCUUCAGCCAUGGUCAGUGGCUCCUGCCUCCCCCCACCCCCGGGGAGGGGGCACAGGAAUAGAGAGGGAGAGAAACCAGAGAUUGGAAAAUAAGAAGGCUUGAGUUGCAGAAUGGGUCUUAAGCAGAAGGUGGAAGAAACUCAGAAUUGGGGAAGCUGCUUUUCCACUCACCUUGGGACUAGCUAUCAGGUGGGAGACAGGACUUGGGCCUCAGGAAAUGCCUACCAGGUUGGACAUGAGGGAUGCUGUGGCCUCUCACCCCCCCCUGCCCCCCCCCAACCACCUUCCUCACAAUGGGGUUCAUUGCUGAGGUGGGAGGGGCAUCCUAGGAAGGGUACAGCUGGGGCCCUACCUGCCAGACAGCCUCUGGGAACCUACCCUUUCAAGCAUGAACCAUACCAUCCGGGCUCCUCCACUCCCAGUGUGCUCUUAGCUCUGCCCGCCCAGCCUAGGGUCCUGGAGGCCUUCUUGGAGCUCAUCCAGCAACCAUCAUGCAAGGUGGUGCUGGGGACUGCCCUCUUACUCGGAGGGGGAGGCCUCAUGCUGUGGAUUCAGAGGAAGAGGAGAAGGAAGGCAUCCGCCGCGUCUGCACAAAAUGUGCAGGAGCCACUGGAAUGUCACAAAGCAAAGAAUGAGAACUGGAUUAAAUCUCACUUUAGUCGCCUCUCCGAAGAGAAGCUGGCCUCCUGCAGCAGCACGGAUGCCCCACCACCCGAGAGCAGCAGCGGAGAAGCCAGCACCACCAUUCACAUGGAGACUCUCACCACAAGGCAAAGAGAGGUGGGCACAACUCUGAGCCGGGAGUCCUUCACCAGCAAGCAGAGGACGUCUGGGGCCUCAGUGACCAAAGAGACCCACAAGGAGUCUGCAAAAUCCUCGUCCAUGGACGAGCCCACAUGGGCCGCUGUGGCUGUCUGCACCAAGGAGAUUGACACCCUAGGACAGCAGCUGGCUAAUUCCAUGUUGCAGCGUGCCAUAGCUUACCAGAACUCAGGCCACCUGGAGUCCAGAGACGUCAACCAGGAGGAGCUGAAGGCCCUCGAGGAGGUGGAGUUGAAGCUGAAAGGGAAUUUCCUCACUCAGCGGGAAGCCACCGUAGCUGGCACGAACCACACACACGCCAUCCAUGGCCACGGUCACUAUGGACACCAGGGUCAUCCGAACCACCAGAGCCACAGCCUGCCCAACCGCAGCCACCAGACCUACCACCCCUUUGAAGCCACCUAACCACGGAUGGAGACACCCCUUUCCCCCAACAGGGCUGGCACACAAUUGCAGGCCUGUUUUCUCUCCUGUGGCGAGAUGGUGCCACCCAAAUCCCUUCUUCCUGAAGGGCAGGCCCUGGGCCCCUUUGGCUCUGUGAGUACGGUCUGCCACAGAGGAUGGCCCCCGAUAGAGGGGGCGGGGGUGGAAGGAAGCGAAGCAGCUGAGACAGACUCGCAGGCCCCUGAAGACCCACCGGGAGAAGAUAGAGGCAGAGCCCAGGAGCAGCUGAGAGCCCCACACUGAUGCCGAACGCCUGGAACUGAGCCAAUAAAGCCUUGUAUACCCUCA